AUGUCUGUCAAAGAUUCACCUCCAAAUCUGCUCUUAUUUCUUUCGUGCCUACUUGUAAUCACCAUUAAUGGUUCUUGUUCAGCAGAUCCACUUCUUUCCUUUUGCACAAAUCCAGCCCAAUAUAAACAGAACAGCACAUUUGAAUCUAACCUUAAGCUACUUCUCUUGUACCUUUCUUCGAACACCUCUGUCUCAGGUGGUUUCUAUAACACUUCAGUGGGCAACGGCACGGACCACGUCUAUGGGCUUGCGCUCUGUAGAGGCGAUGUCACCCGCGAUGUUUGCCAGAACUGUAUGGAGAAUGCAAGUCGAGAAAUCCUAUCUUCGUGUCCUAUGAAGGAAGAUGCGAUUAUCUGGUACGAAUAUUGCCAAUUGCGCUAUUCUUACCAGAAUUUCUUCUCUGUGAUGGUUUAUGCUGGAAAGUAUCCUCCCUGGAAUGAUCAACAGCGAAACGUAUCGAACCCAUAUAAGUUCUCCCAGAUUUUGAAUGGUUUACUGAAUGAACUUAUUAGUCAGGUUGCCUCUCUGAAUUCUGAUCCUAUGUUUGCCAUUAGAGAUGCUAGCGCCUCAGGAAUCGGCAAAGUAGUUGGUCGGGCUCAGUGUACUUGGGAUAUAUCUCGUGGUGACUGUGAAAAUUGCCUUCGAAAUGCCAUGGGAGACCUCGAAGGUUAUUGCUCUACACGUCAAGGAGGAAUGAUUCUUGAUUCAAGUUGUGAUUUAAUGUUUCAAGUUUUAACUUCAAAUGGUAAGUAA